AUGGAGCCCCCGACAUUCAAUCGACGCCUUGGGCAAUUCAGAACUGUGAUUGAUAUCGAAAAGGGCUACAGUGAGCCCGACCAACAAUACUCGCCCUCGGCUCGCACGACUGUCGGUGCUCCUCUCGGCGGUCUCAAAAAACUCUUCGACCACACAACAGAUCCUAUCGUCAGCGGGCGCUACACAAUCAACCUUCGCCGCCUCUUCGUCCUACUACUGAUCCUCAUAGGCAUGAUUACACUAUGGUUCGUGGCCAUUCUCCCAGAACACUCUGCGGAAGGAACGGACUCGCUCAUCCAGAACGCUGAUGGAAUCACUAAUCAGGAUCGUUUGAACAAUAAUGAGGACCAUGUCAGCCCUCAUACUGGAGCUCAGGAUUCUGCUACGUAUAGAUAUGAGCGUGUUCGCGGCAAGGGUGCUAGGACCAGUUUGAAAAAGAUUCAGUUCAAGUUCCCUCCAGAGUCGGACCAGGAUCGAUUGCAACGAGAGAGCCGUUUACAAGCUGUUAGAGAUGGAUUCGAGCACGCCUGGACAGGUUAUAAGGAUCAUGCAUGGGGACACGACGAAGUCAGUCCCGUCAGCGGAGGAUACAAAGACAACUUCAACGGCUGGGGUGCAACAAUGAUCGACAGUUUGGAUACCCUUGUCAUUAUGGGCUUUAACAAGGAAUUUGACGAGGCGCUGGAAUGGGUCAAGACAAAGUUUACCAUGACCAACAACCCUACCAUCCAGCUUCCGUUCUUCGAGACCAUCAUUCGCUACAUGGGAGGAUUCCUUGGUGCCUAUGAUCUGACAGGAGAAAAGGUUCUGCUGGACAAGGCUGAGGAGCUCGGAAAGUACACUUUAAACGCUUUCCAGGGAUCGGAUUUCCCCAAUAGUCACUUUACCAUCGAUCCUUCGUUUAGCGGCCGUGAUGAGUCCUUUGUGCUUGCCGAGAUCGGAACUUUGCAGCUAGAAUUUUCUCGUCUUUCGAAGCUGACUGGGAAUCCCAUCUACGAUCAAAAGGCCCGCAAAAUCUUCGACAUCUUGGGUACCGCUAUGCCCGAGAUCCCUGGGUUUCUCCCUCCUAAUGUCCAAGAUGGUGAAGGUCUCAAGUAUUCUAACUUCCAGGCAUCUGUCGGCGGUAUGGUUGACAGUUACUAUGAGUAUCUUCUCAAGGAAUGGAUCCUGUUGGAUGGAAAGGCAACCAAGUACAAGGAAAUGUUCGAGGAAGCCGUGUCCUCGAUUAAGAAAUACAUGGUCAUGACCCCAGAAGAUGGAUCGAAGGACUAUGUUAUUUUGGGCCAAGUUAACUCUACAUCCAAGACAGUCGAACCUGACAUGGGACAUCUGGCUUGCUUCAUGUCAGGCUCGUUGGCAAUGGGAUCAAAGUACUUUGGUCGCUCUGAAGAUCUGCUUCUGGCCAGACAAGUUGCUCAAGGAUGUUACCUUGGAUACCACCACUCUGCCUCCGGAUUGGCACCAGAGGCCGCAAGGUUCACUGAGUCGAGUCAACCUGGCAAGUUUGUUACAGACCCCCAGCACUUUUUCAGCCAGUACCGUAGCCGCAUGGAAUACAUUCUCCGACCAGAAACUUUGGAAAGUCUGUGGAUUUUGUACCGCCUUACGGGGGAGAAGAAGUACCAGGAUCAGGCGUGGGAGAUCUUCCAGUCGUUGGAGAGAAGCUGCCGUACUUCUAUUGCUUACACUGGUCUCACGAACGUCAACAAUGUCCACUCUAAGGAUAACAAGAUGGAGAGCUUCUUCUUGGCAGAGACAUUGAAGUAUUUGUAUUUGAUAUUCUCAACCCCGGAUGUGAUCUCGCUGGAUGACUUUGUCCUUAACACUGAGGCACAUCCACUUCUUAGAACCUAG